CCGCAAUCAGUGAACUUACUUACAACCUCAUUUCCGUCGAUAACACCACCCACGCCGCCAUUAUCUUCAUGUCCUUACCAUCACCGAUCUAGAAUUAAUCCUCACAUUACUCCAUCCUCCAAUACCUAACCAAGCUUCUCCACCCAACUUCACACCUCAUAAAACCAAUCCACAGCCACCAUGCAACAAGCAGCCCAGCAAUCAUGGGAGCUCGAAAACGCAAUAAGCCUCUACGAUCCGCAGCGCGACACACUAUACGCCUACGACGAGGCAACGCACAAGUCGCUCUCCGCGCAACGACCGUGGGCCAAAGACCCACAAUACUUCAAACACGUGCGGAUCUCAGCACUCGCACUACUCAAGAUGGUAAUGCACGCGCGGUCGGGCGGGAACCUCGAAGUGAUGGGUCUGAUGCAGGGGUACAUCGUCUCGGAAACCUUCGUAGUGACGGACGCGUACCGGCUGCCGGUGGAAGGGACGGAGACGCGGGUGAACGCGCAAGAGGAAGCCAACGAGUACAUGGUGUCGUACCUGCAGUCGUGCCGGGAUGCGGGGCGGAUGGAGAACGCCGUGGGCUGGUACCACAGCCACCCGGGGUAUGGGUGCUGGCUAUCGGGGAUCGAUGUCACGACGCAGGAUAUGCAGCAGCUCGGCGGGCCGUUUGUUGCGGUGGUGAUUGAUCCCGAGAGGACGAUUUCGGCGGGGAAGGUUGAUAUUGGGGCUUUCCGGACAUAUCCUAAGGGGUAUUCGCCGCCGAAGGAGGAAGGGGGGCCUGAGGAUGGAGCGGCGGGGGCUGGUGCUGCUGGUGGUGCUGGGGAUUAUCAGACGGUGCCGUUGAGUAAGGCUGAGGAUUUUGGCGCUCACGCCGCGCAUUACUAUUCGCUGGAGGUUUCCAUUUUCAAAAGUGUGCUGGACACUGAGAUCCUCGCCCUCCUCUGGAAUAAGUACUGGGUUGCCACCCUCAGUCAGAGCCCGCUCUUCGCUACCCGCGACUACGGCAGCAAGCAGAUGAUGGAUCUCAGCCAGAAGGUCCGGCGCGCCAUCCGCGGUGUCGACGGCGGCACUAUCUCUAGGGCCAACAUGGCUCAGACCCGCGAUCAACAGCUGGAUCGCGUCGCGCGGGAUGGGCAGCGGAUCGUGUCGGAGGAGGUCAAGGGCCUUCUCGCGGCCGAGGUGAAAAUGAAAUUGUUUCAGGGCAUUGGACAGGCAACCGAUACAAGCUCCCAGCCUAAAUAAGCUAGACAGGCUUCAGGUCCAUAUUAUGAGGUGAAAUGACUUUAUGCAUGCUUGUCUUCGAUGUCUGAAACCAUCGCGGUCGGUGCAUCGACGGGGGCCGGCAUUGUGUCCCACCGUGGUUCUCUCCGUUCGCUACAUAACCGUUACUACCAACCAGUAUCUUGUAGGGCUAUCAAGGCGGGAUCUGCUCUGCACUUCAUAUUUACAUG